AUGGCCGCGGUUGUUGAGACCAGCGCAACCGCCCCCGCAAAUGCGCCCACUGUGACCUUGAGAGCGCCGACGACGCUUUUCCAUCACAGCCUGGUGACCAAGGAUUUCGAGCUGCUCAAGUUCCACGCGGCUUCCGCCUUGCAGCUGCAAUUUGGCGGACAGCGCCACGAACAAGUGGUGACCUCGGACGACCGAUUGAUUGCCUCGCCGUACAAUGAACCACUGAACUUGCUGGAUUUGAGACGUCUCGACACGCCAAACCAGCUGCUCGCAAAGGCCUUGACCAUACUCAAGCCCCUGCGUGACGACUAUGCCACUGCUCCAUACACCGAGUCGUUCAACUGGCAGGCCGUUGUCGAUUUCCUGCGCGAUCUCUCUGCCGCCGAGGGCCACCGAUGGAAGAAGCAAAAGUUUUACGUCGUCACCUUCCGCUCGCAGCUCCUACCGGUCAUCGACGAUCAGCGGCUAACUGACCUCGAUUACUAUUCGCACCAGGAAGCCAUAGCCAGCGGUGGUCUGCUGAAGUAUUGGUUCGGCACCAAAAAUGAGAAGCACCAGAACCUGGCAACCUGCAUUUGGAGAGCGAGAGAGGAUGCGCGAGCCGGAGGCACUGGCCCUUGGCACAAGCAGGCCAGGGCCGCGGCCCGCGAGUUGUACGACAGUAUUGUUUUCAAGACAUUGAAACUGGUCAUUGAUGACGAUGCCUCCUCAUGGGAGAUCAAUGACUGGACGAGCGAAGACGACGAUUAG